AUGUGGUGGCAAUCGCUCAUAGCAGUUGUUGAUCUUGCUAGAUUCUCUGAUAUUGGGCUUAUCAUCAACAUUGGUGUCUUGGUCAUUGGUUUCAAGACUACUUUUUGUGGCCAGGGGGUUCCUCACUAUUUGGUCCUCCAAAGGCAUCGCAAUGGGACAUUAACGGGUAAGACUAGGGAGCUAGUUGACACCAUGCUUAGGAGGAAGAUUAGUAUAGCUUGUCUUCAGGAAACUAAGUGGGUAGGGGAGAAAGCUAGGGAAAUAGAGAACACAGGUUAUAAGCUCUACUAUAUGGGUAAGAAUAGACAUAGAAAUGGAGUAGGUAUCGUAGUAGAUAAACACCUGAAAGAUUCGAUGGAUGACGUGGUUCAAGAUAUACCUUUUGGGGAGAAGCUAUAUAUAGGAGGCGAUUUCAAUGGCCAUGUGGGAGUGCAUAAGCAAGGGUAUGAGAAGGCACACGGUGGCUUUGGUUUUGGGGACCUUAACGAAGGUGGUCGGAGGAUUUUAGAUUUUGCAGUAGCUUUUGACCUUAUAGUGGGAAAUACCCUCUAUAGGAAGCGAGAAGAGCAUUUAAUUACCUUUGAGAGCGGACCUAAUAAAAGCCAAAUUGACUACUUUCUCGCUAGAGGUGCAGACCGCUUGACAUGUAAGGAUUGUAAGGUUAUUCCAGGAGAGUGUCUAGUGGCACAGCAUAGACUUUUGGUGUUAGAUAUUAGUCUCAAGGGGAAUAUUAGAAAGAGGAAGGAAACUAGAUGCCCACGAACUAAAUGGUAA